UUUCUUUUUUCUCACUCAUCGUCCUUCUCUUCCUUCCUACAUUCUCUCUCUAGAAAAGAAAAGAAACGAAACGAAAAGAAAAGAAAAGGAAUAAAAGAAGAGAGUGUAGGUAAAGAAGAGUACUCUCAUUUCUCAGUUCUCACACACCAAAAGCUGAAAUCAGCGUAAAACACAGAUCUGAGAGAAGAAGAAGAAGGAGAAGAAGAGGAUGGGACACGACCAGAACCAGAGAUCGCUGAUCUACGCGUUCGUCUCUCGCGGCACCGUCAUCCUCGCCGAGUACACCGAAUUCAGCGGCAACUUCAACUCCAUCGCCUUUCAGUGCCUUCAGAAGCUCCCUGCCUCCAACAACAAAUUCACCUACAACUGCGACGGCCACACCUUCAACUACCUCGUCGACAACGGCUUCACGUAUUGUGUUGUUGCGGAUGAGUCGAUCGGAAGGCAGGUGCCGGUGGCUUUUCUGGAGCGUGUGAAGGACGAUUUCGUCGCCAAAUACGGCGGCGGAAAGGGCCGCAACGCCCGCCACUCGUGUUUUGUAGCGUAUUGUGUUGUUGCGGAUGAGUCGAUCGGAAGGCAGGUGCCGGUGGCUUUUCUGGAGCGUGUGAAGGACGAUUUCGUCGCCAAAUACGGCGGCGGAAAGGCCGCCACCGCCGCCGCGAACAGCCUGAACAAGGAGUUCGGGUCCAAGUUGAAGGAGCAUAUGCAGUACUGUGUUGAGCAUCCUGAGGAGAUAAGCAAGCUUGCUAAGGUGAAAGCUCAGGUUUCUGAGGUUAAAGGUGUCAUGAUGGAGAAUAUUGAAAAGGUUCUGGAUAGAGGGGAAAAGAUAGAGCUUCUGGUUGACAAGACUGAAAAUCUUCAUCAUCAGGCACAAGACUUCAGGAAUUCUGGAACCAAAAUCCGGAGAAAAAUGUGGCUGCAAAACAUGAAGAUAAAGCUGAUUGUGUUGGCAAUUUUGAUAGCCCUGAUCCUCAUAAUAGUCCUCUCUGUCUGCCGUGGGUUCAACUGUGGAAAAUAAACAUGAGUAAUUUUUACUGUUAUUUCGACCUUGUGAUUAUAUAUGAGGAAAUGAUAUCGAAUGGAUGACAUGAUUUUGUAUGUAGUAAAAAUAUUAUAUCUCGGAUACUGUUCAUUUUAAAGGUUUCACAGUAUGAUAUAAGAAUGCUUUUGGAAAAAUAUUAAUUUGUUUAUCUAUUGUAGUUUGAAUUUCAUUCGCACGA